AUGAAGAUGCUGGAAGACGUGGAGAUGCUGGAAGACGAGGAGAUGCUGGAAGACGAGGAGAUGCUGGAAGACGAGCAGAUGCUGGAAGCCCUGGAGAUGCUGGAAGACCUGGAGACGUGGAUUUUCCGGAAGACGCACCCUUUGUUGGAAGACGUGGAUUUUCCGGAAGACGCACCCUUUGUUGGAAGACGUGGAUUUUCCGGAAGACGCACCCUUUGUUGGAAGACGUGGAUUUUCCGGAAGACGCACCCUUUGUUGGAAGACGUGGAUUUUCCGGAAGACGCACCCUUCUUGGAAGACGUGGAUUUUCUGGAAGACAUGGUUUUGUGGGAAGACAUGGAUUUUCUGGAAGACACAGGUUUGUUGGAAGACAUGGAUUUUCUGGAAGAUGCACCUUUGUUGGAAGACAUGGAUUUUUUGGAAGACACGUAUUUCUUGGAAGACGUGGAUUUUCUGGAAGACAUGGAUUUGAUGGAAGACGUGGAUUUUCUGGAAGACGUGGGUUUGAUGGAAGACGUGAAUUUGAUGGAAGACAUGGAUUUUCUGGAAGACUUGGAGGUCAUUGGAAGACAUGGAUUUCCUGGAAGACAUGGCUUUUCUGGAAGACAUGGAUUUUCAGGAAGACCCGAAUUGUCCGGAAGACCUGGAUUAUUUGGAAGACACAGAUUUGCUGGAAGACAUGAAUUUUUCUGGAAGACAAUCUCUAGGAAGACAUAAAUUUGCUGGAAGACCUGAAUUUAGUGGAAGACAUGAAUUUUCUGGAAGACGUAGAUUUACCGGAAGACCUGGAUUCAGUGGAAGACAUAGAUUUUUGUCUGGAAGACAUAAAUGCACUGGAAGACUGGAUUUGAUGGAAGACGUGGGUUGGUUGGAAGACCUGGAUUUUCUGGAAGACACAGAUUUCUCCGGAAGACAUGGACUGAGUGGAAGACCUGGAUUUCUUUCUGGAAGACAGAGAUUGGCUGGAAGACUUGGAUUUUCUGGAAGACGUAAAUUAGCUGGAAGACUUAG